UCUGCUCUAUCACUGGCACUGGGAGCGAGGCAUUGCUGCACGCUAGGCCAGACCUGCACGUUUGGGCGUGCAUCGCCAACACCGUUCCCGGCGACGCCAGCGAGGACAACACGGAGCUGCCAUGGGAAAUAUAAUUAGUCUCUGCUGUCCGCCCACGGACGACAAAUAUGAGCCGCUGCUGGGCUCCCAGGCCCAGCCACAGCCAGCUGCUACUGGAUCAGGGGCUGCAGGAUCGGCUGCCCCGCGCGCUGCGGCGCCUGCUCCCGCUGCUGCCGUGGUGAAGAACCGCCUUGUGGCGGCAGCGGCCGAGCCCAGCAGCAACGCCAGCCCUGCCAAGCCGCAGACGCCGACCAACGCUGAGACGGCGGCCGCGGUUGCGCCAUGCUGCGCUGCCGCUGCUGUGCCAGCGACCGCUCCAGCGCCUGCUGCAGAGAAGCCUGCUGCACCUGCGCCAGGCAAGCCGGAGGCCAAGGCGCCAGCGCCAGCGCCAGCUCCCGCCCUGGCGCCGGCCCCGGCCCCGGCCCCGGCCCUGGCCCCGGCCCUGGCCCCGGCCCCGGCCCCGGCCCUGGCCCCGGCCCCGGCCCCGGCCCCGGCCCCGGCCCCGGCCCCGGCCCCGGCCCCGGCCCCGGCCCCGGCCCCGGCCCCGGCCCCGGCCCCGGCCCCGGCCCCGGCCCCGGCCCCGGCCCCGGCCCCGGCCCCGGCCGUCUCGCCUGCUGCGACGCAGCCUCAGCACCCAGCCAUGGUGCCCCGCUAUGGCUCGCCACAGCACCCAGCACUCGUGGUGGUCAGUGACGCGUCCCAAGCGGCCUCCCCCACCACCAGUGCCCCGGCAGCCGCGCCGCCGGCUGCCGUGGAGCCUGCUGCAACGGCGGCAGCUGCCCCGAAAGCGGCGGCUGCUCCGGCCCCCCUGGCAGCAAAGCCCGCUGCGCCAGCGCCUGCCUCGCCGGCUGCUGCGCCGGCGGCAGCUGCCCCGAAGGCAGCGGUGGCGGCAGCAGCCAAGUCGGCGGAGAAGCCCAAGACCGCACCUGCAGCUGCAGCCAUGGCUGAGGCGGCUGCGACCGCUCCUUCCGCGCCGGCGCCUGCCGCAGAGGCGCCUGCCGCAGAGGCGCCUGCCGCAGAGGCGCCUGCCGCAGAAGCGCCUGCUGCAGAAGCACCUGCUGCAGAAGCACCUGCCGCAGAAGCGCCUGCAGCGUCCGCGCCUGCGGCGCCCGCCCCAGCUGCUGCUGCCGCUGGCAAGUCAAAGGGCAAGGCGGCACCGGCGGCUGCCUCAUCUGCAGCAGCAUCGGCGGCUGCGCCGGCACCCGCCCCGACAGCGGCGGCGGCACCCGCCGCAGCUCCCGCCACAGCGCCGGCGCCGGCCGUCAAAGCCCAGCCAAAGCCGCAACAGCAGGCUGCCGCACCCAAGCCCGGGGCCGCGGCCGCGCCCGUGCCCGUGCCCAAGCCCGCGGCUGCAGAUGCCCCCAAGCCUGCGGUACCUACUCCCGCGGCUGCCGUCUCCGGGCCGGCACCUUCUUCUGCGCCGGCUGCUGCUGCGGCGCCGGCGGCAGACGCAGAGGAGGAGGAGGACGGCGAGGGUGAGGACGAGCCCAUUGCCGGUGGGGCACCCGAGAGUGCGGCGGCGGGCACGGGCGCCAAGAAGAAGAAGAAGCGGAGCGGCAGGCGGGGCGGGGCCAAGAAGUGAGUAGGAAGCGCUGCAACUACAACGGGAUAAAAGACUGCAAUUGCAGGGUUGCAGUAUUGCGGAGCGGUCGGGUCUUGUGGGGGUACAGGAGUUGUUGGGGUGAGUUGCUGACGUUGACGAUGUGACGCGUUACGAGUAAUAUCGGGUGAUGUCUCAGUGUUGUCUCCAUUGUGUCAAUCCAUUGCAAUCUGUAAGGGUUGCGUUGUGGGCCAUUACAGGGUCAGGUUGUGGCCAGGGUCAGGUUGUGUACAGGGUCAGGUUGUGUCCGUCCCGUUAGGCAUGAGAUUGAUGUGGCGUCUUCCUACUUAGCAGGGUGGCGCAUGAGAGGUUACGAACAAUAUGGGGGUUGCAAGCGAUUCUGGCAGUGGAUGGUACGGGCUUGCACACAGCUUGUAUACGUGUGGGCUGGUGGCGUUGGGAUGGCUUUGCGGCGGCGGCAUUGCCGUGGCGCUUGGCAGGACGGAGGCCCGCUCUUGGGCGGUUGGGCCAGCUUGUGGGCGUAGCAGUGCGUGACACGAUGGUCUGCAGUCUUUGAUAUAACGGCAGCUAUGGCCGCUGCUGCUACAACGUGUCCAUGCGCGGGGUGCGACAUCGUUGGGGAGAUCGCGAGAUAGCGGUUGGCUUGCAUGCAUGCGUGCAUGCAUGCAUGUGCACUCUCUGUACUGCGCGCUGCAAUGGAACAUUGGAACUAGUUACGGCCACAAAGUUGACCGGCCGAAAGGCUGAGUCUGACAUGUGGUACAGGGGGGUCAUUGGAAUGCGGAGAAACGCGGGAGUGGUGGGAACAAGUGGCUUGACGCUGUUGCCUUGGCUGGCGUGUCAGGUCAGGACACCUUCAGCAGGGCAGUCUGCAGGGUGUCCAAUACGCCGACAGGGACAGUCGGGGCUGCGGGGAGCUGGACCGCCGGGAGCGGGCUGCAAU